GCUCAGUCCAACUCGCGUCGCUUGGCUGGCCGGUCGUCCCGCCCGCCCUACGUUCCGAUUCGUAUUUCGAAUUUUCGUAACCGCGAACAUGUGAAUUCAAAUUGAAAACUUUUAAAAGUUAAUAGACUUCUUUGGAGUGACUUUUGGAGGAUUUGGUGUUAUUCAAGUGUAUAUAAGCAAUUAAGGCCUGACUCGGAUUUUCUUCUUAAGACGCACAGAGGAUGCCAUGGUGCGCAGCAGCGUGUGUAAGGUGACGGGGCUGGACGCGGGGUGAGGAUGAACGAGACGGAGACGCGCGGGGAGGCGGGGGCGCUGGCGCUCAACGUGGCGGUCACCGUCAUCUCUGCCGUCGGCCUGCUGCUCAACGCGUACAUACUCACACUCAUCGUCAUCACUAAACAGCCAGCAACGGCAUCAUCAGUGCUGCUACUCCACCUCGGGGCGGUGGGCGCGAUGGCGAGCGGCGCGGCGCUCUGCGCGGGCGGCGGUGCGUGCGCGUGCGGCGCGCUGCUGCACGCGCUGCACCCGCUGCAGCUGUGGACCGUGUGCGGGCUGCACGCCGACCGCGCCGCAGCCAUCGCGGCACCGCUGCACUAUGCGGCCAUCGUUUCCGCCAAGAAGGUGCUUAUAAGCGUCGCAGGUGGCUGGGUGGCUAUGGCGGCACUCCUCGCGCCCAUGGCCGUAGCAAAGCCGCCGCUGGUGUACAACACCGGCAUCGGCAGCUGCGCGCCCGACUGCGGCGCCGGCCCCGCCGCGCUGGGCUUCUGCCUCGUAUACGCUUUACUAACAUUAAUAUUACCGGUUCUUCUAGUCGUCUUCUGCAGUCUGAAAAUCCUUCGUAUAGCGCGGUACCAUCGACACAGAAUUGCGGCCGCUAUUUACGAAGUUACACUCUCUGCACAGGUUACCGUCACACACCAACGAAACCCAUUUUCACCACCACCGCCGCCCCGACGUCGAGCUCUAUCCGCAGUGCUCCAACCUCUCGGCUCUUUAGCUAUACUCUAUUUUCCGUACUACUGCGUAUUGAUAUGGCCGGCUGUUGCCAUUCCACCGCAGCCCGUGGCAGCCAUUUCGGCGGCCCUGCUCGCAGCCGCUCCGCCUAUCAACAGUAUUUUAUACGGCAUCCGAAGUCGACCGCUUCGUGAUUCUUUGCGAAACUAUCGACGGAAAAGAAUGACGAAAAGCGAGGUGACACAGGAGAUUCAAGCGAGGACUCCGAGUGCUUGCGGUUCUCGGCGGCCGUCGUUGUCAGCGGGCUCGGGCUCUAUUCGUCCGCCGACGACGAGACGGCUUUCGGAUGCGGCAGCGAUGGGCUCGCGUGGAUCGGAGAGGCCUGCACAGCGAGCCGCGUCGUGCAACAUGUUGCAGGAUCAGGCACACGAAGAAUUGGCGCGGCCACGGGUGUCGGCUAUUCCCAUAAUCCGCGCACCACCGCACGUGGUGCUCGGCCGAGCUCUGGGAUUGGAGGAAAAUGCGGCUCGGGAUCGCCGUCGACGUAGGUCUCCACGCAUCACCGUCACUCGAGCGAUGUCGGACGAGAGCGAGUCGCCGACGCGACGGCCUCUCUGCAGGCAACAGUCGCGUUCCAGCGGGGCGCUCUUAGGCCAGGUGUACUCGCCCGCCAUGUCAGAGAACAUGAGCCUGGAUCAGCCGGCCGACGAGCAGCUCCUCCUCUCGUGGCCCCAACACCAACCUCACGUAAACACACACGACGCUUUAUAAAUGGGUAUGAAAUUAGGAUAGAUAGAUGUGCGUAUAAAGACAAUAACUGUGUGUGCGGUUCGAAAAUGAGUCGGCUUCGGUGUUUAAAGAUAUUAUUUUUAGUCGCUUUGUACCGGACUCUUCUCGACCCUCCUGACCAAACUGUGACCAAAUAUAAAGUUUCCUAUGACUAUU